CACGAUUUCGUCACAUCUCUCUGUUUCUCUCUCCUCCUUUGUCUCUCGAGGUUUCCCUGAAUGACCUCUGCGUUAAUUUUCAUAUUUGGAGGGAAAUCUGCUUUCAACUUUUGCGGAAUUUUAUGAGAUUGUUCUCCUGUUUUUGACAACCGUCUGUUGAUUCUUCUCUUUUUUGUUUCUGGAAAAUUUCUCUAUAUUAUGGAGGGUAAAGUUUCGGGGAUGGAUGAGGCUAAGAAGGCGGAGGCUCACAUGACCUCAGCUGCGGCUUUUGUCGAGGGAGGGAUACAGGAGUCUUGUGAUGAUGCUUGUAGCAUAUGCCUCGAUGGGUUUACCGAUAGUGAUCCUAUGACGGUGACAAGUUGCAAGCAUGAGUUCCAUCUUCAGUGCAUUCUUGAAUGGUGCCAAAGAAGCUCCAAUUGUCCAAUGUGCUGGCAAAGUGUUAGUCUGAAGGAUCCUGCAAAUCAAGAAUUACUUGAGGCUGUAGAACGUGAAAGAAGUUUUAGGCUCACUCCGUCAAGGAAUACAAGAAUAUUUCGUCAUCCUACUCUCGGAGAUUUUGAAUUGCAGCAUUUACCAGCUGGAAUUAAUGAUGCUGAACUUCAGGAGCGGAUUAUCCAACAUUUGGCAGCUGCUGCUGCAAUUGGUAGAACUCACCGAGUUUCUCGGAGGGAUGGCUCAAGGAGCCGUUCUUCUGCUCAUGCCCGUCCACAGUUUGUUGUAUACUCAGGUCAUCCUCCUGGGUCUUCUGCUGGUUCUGGUGGAGAAGGAACUGAGCCAAUUGCAGCACCUGAAACUAACCCAUCAGUAUCAGUUGCAUCCAUAAAUAACAUAGGAAGCAAUCAAAAUUCGGCUGUAUUAUCCAGACCUUUAGUGGUGCCAACCUCUUCCCCAGGAUCAUCAAAUGAUAAUAGUAACUAUGCAAGCCAGUCGUCCUUGCCAAAUCAAGACAGAGCUGGACCAUCUGAGUCACCAUCCAUUUCAAAUUCCUGGAAGUCUCGAUUCAGUUCUAUGUCAAUGAAAUACAAGGAGUCCAUUUCAAAUAGUACAAAGGAAUGGAAAGAGAAGCUGUUUUCUCGUAGCUCCUCCAUGGCAGAUAUUGGUUCGGAAGUCAGGAAGGAGGUGAAUGCUACUGUAUCCCGCAUGAUGGAACGUCUCGAAAGUAGAGAUGAUGAUAGUCACGUGCCAGAAAUAAAUAGUGCAGAAAGUUCUUCGGGCGCUGGACCAAGCAACAACAGUAGGGAUACUCCCAGUGAAACGUCGUUGAAUGGAAAAAACUCUGCUUCCGUUGCUGCAAGUUCAGUAUCAAGUUAAGUUUAUAAUAUUGCUAAGGGGCGUCCAUCCUCAGCAUUUCAUCUUUGAAGGUAUAUGAUCCAAAUAUGACAUGCCGAGGAUGAGAUGGUGAAUGGUACUCAUUGUUCGAUCCACAAACAGAAACAGGAAAGGAAAGCAACUUGUUAAGCUUUGUUUACCAUAAAAUCUUUAUCUGAACAUAAAUGUUGCAAUGUGAGUUUGGGAGAGAGAUUUUGGCAGAGAUAGUGUAGUGGAUGCUUUGCUUUCUUAUUUCUCCAUUUGAAUUGAUGCAUGGAACUUGCAACACUCACCCUAUCUAUGUAAGUGUUAUAAAUGUUGUUCAA